AUGUUAGAACGACACAUUGUUAUUGUUAUAUUGGUGAUUUUUGCUUUGGGCGGCGCGGCAGCUGAAGUCUGUGACGUGGAGGUCAAGACUGUGCCCGAGGGCCAUCUCGGCCAGAGCGGUGCCUUCAAGUGGCUCGGGGUCCUGCAAGUACACAUACAGGAUUUUGACAAGCGGCACGUGGCGCUAACCGGCAUCGUGCUUAUCAAGCCCAAGUUCGCUCUCGCUAAUGCAAACGACGUGGCCAGGAUACCAGAGCGAGUGUUCAAGGAGGACACGGUGGCGGUGUUCAUACCAGCUGAGGACACGCCAGUCGCAUUGUCAGUUAUUUCGUUUGUCGUACACCCGGAGUACGGCGACUCAAUGGUGCACAGCUUGGCCAUCAUCGAACUCAAUAUAACUGAGAUUAAGGGCUCAAACCUGCACAUCCUUGAUUUUCUUUUAUCUUUUCUUUUCAGACUUUUAUGUCAGCACGGCUCUACUGAGUCGGAGAUUUUACCAGUCAUACACAGUCCUGGCUUGUACUUUGACCCAACAACCAACAUAUUCUUCUACAACGAUUUUUGGAAAAUAGUCACGCACGUCGACGUUAACUCUAUUGAGCUACAUCUUAACGAAAUUGACAAGCUUAUUGUGAAGUCAUCAUUACUAUGUAGUAAAAUAGAACCUGGAGAAUAUUCCAAUUGUAAAGAUAUUUUUAAUUCUAUCGAAGUUCUUUUAGAAACCAAUUAUGUAAAAGCACACUCGCUAUCUCAUAUAAUCUCUAAAGAUGCUGCAAACCGGUUUAAAAGAGCUUUAGAAUUUGGAGGAGAAAUAUUAAAGUUUUUCUUUGGAACAUUAGAUGCGGAAGAUGCGCGCAAUUAUGACGCUGCGAUUGACGCAUGUGAGAAAAAUGAUAACGAGAUAUUUCGUCUCAUGAAAGAUAAUAUCCACAUAGUUAAGUCAUCAAUCAAUUCAUUUAAUUCUACAAUUACCAAAUUGAAUCAAAAUGAGGUUAAAUUAAACUCUCAAAUAAACAAGCUUAAUCAGGUACUUUCCUUGGUAACUACAAAUAAUGAUAAGGUCUUACUAUUAACCAAACUUAAUAAUCUUGUGAAUAUUAUAGAAGGUUCCUUACUCACUAUAUCUAACUUCCUAGACACUAUUGUUAAUGCUAUUUUAUUUUCUAAAGCUAACAUCUUACAUCCCUCCAUAUUAUCGCCUAGUAAACUAUUCCACGAGCUAAGCCUAAGAAGUAGUUCUAUUAAUAAUAAACUGGACUUUCCUGUACCGUUAACGCUUGAUAAUAUACACACUAUUAUAGAUGUAUCUAAACUAAUUUCUUACUAUUAUAACAACAGAAUAUUUUUCAUAUUACAAAUACCUCUCAUAUACCCUAUCAAAUACGAAGUCUAUAAAAUCAUUCCACUACCAACCCCACACGAUAAUACUAACCCUAAUACCUUCGCCUUAAUAACUCCUUCAAAAUCAUACAUCGCCUUAACAGAUGAUAGAUUACAUUACAGCUUAUUUAAUAAUUUGCAACAAUGCUCAAAUGUAAACAAUGAACAUAUGAUUUGUCCACUCGUAAGUGUUUAUUCUAGUAUUACAAAUCCGUGUUGUGAAACCAAACUCCUGACUGAAGUGAACAUGUCGUUGCCUAGUGAGUGCAAUUCUAAAUUUAUAUACGGAGACGUAGACAUGUGGCAAACGUUAAACAAUAACAAGUGGAUCUAUGUGCAAUCUAAGUUAAAUAAGUUAACAGUGCAGUGUGAUAAGAGUGACACGAAAGACUACCCGAUUAUCGGAACGGGUAUCCUAAAACUUACGGAAGAUUGUGUAGCAUUUUCUAAGACAAUUAGACUAGAACCGUCUGUAUCAACAAACUUUGUAAUUACCGCUCAACUAAAAGUCGAUUUUGAUAUCACCCAAGAUGAGUGUUGUAAAAAGGAUAUUUUCAAUAAGUCAAUACCUCUGUUAUCUCCUUUAUCUUUAAGCAACAUUAAUCUCGAUUCAUUGAAAUACUCCUACAGUCAAUUAGAUAAUUUGGAAAAUGAACUUAACAAAAUAAAUAACGAAUCUCACUUUGUCAAGUAUAGCGGCUAUUAUUCAUCCCUUACUAUUGCUUGUAUUAUUCUUAUAUUCUUAUUUAUCUUGUAUAAAAUCUAUGUAAAAUGUUUAUCAAGAUCAAACAAUCGCCAAAAUUCCUGUUGUAUCCAAAUUUUUAAUCAAUGCAAUACCCAAAGGGUGCUGAAAAAUGAAACCAAAUGUCAUAACUCUAUUGAAUUGACAGAAAUUUCAGAAAGCAACGGUUCUACUCAAUCUAUACCAGAUAAUUUGUCCAAACGUAAUCUUAAUUAUUCUUAAUUGUAAAUCUUUAUUUUGACCUUCUAUUCUUAUGUAACUCUUAACCUUUUUGUCUUUGUUUUUAACUAUACUUAAUUUUAUUGUUCUUAAUAUAAAUGUGUUUUACUAUUGCCAAUUAUUGUUAUAACUUUGACAUAUUAUUUUUCUUUUAUAUUACACUCUUAGAAUUAGUUAGACAGAAAUCAUUCAUAGUCAUUAAGAUCCUUUUGUAAAAAGUUUUGUCUUAACCUCCCAUCAGAGUGACUUCGCAUAUCCUUAAGGAUAUUGCUUCGUUUUAAGGGGGGAAAUGUUAUAUUCAUAAUUAGUUCGCGGUUAUUGCAAAUGCAUGCAUUUUUGAUUACUAUAAAAAUACUUGCAACCGCGUGGCGGCUUCAGUCUACCGGUGCCGUCACUUUGUCAAUAUCUUAUCCUGACGAGUUUAAGACAAUCCUUUGCUCUAAUCCUUGUAAAGUUCAAGUUCUUUGAUUAAAGUAGUGUUAGCAGUA